AUGGAGAAUAUCACACCCAUUGCAGUCACCCCUGUUGCUAUGGUUGUUCCAUCCAUGGAGUCGACUGAUGAUCCUCCAGUGCCUCCUACUGUCGCGUCUGCAUUACCUAAUCCCUGUCGUGACAUUGUCCUUUACCAGUCGGAGGCUGGUGGUUCUGCACCUUUCCCGAGUUCAGAGUCAACUCCGUCUCCUACCUCACCUUCGGUUCGUCCUUCUCUUUCAUCUCCUUCCCCACCUGUGUCCAAACGUGUCACUCGUUCUUCGUCGAGUCACCAAUCUCCCUCAAAACCUAUAGGCCCUCCUCGUCCUCCAUCUAAGGUCUCUAUUCCUACCCCAACCAGUGAACGUGUUCAACCCAAAAGAAAAUCCUCUGCUGACACCACGUAUCAUCCCCCUGAAAAGAAAUCCAAGAAAAAACCCACUCCAGUUGCCUCUACAGAGUCAUCUCCCAAACGGUCGUCUAGAGGUUCUAAAAAGUCCAAACUUCCCAAAGUUCCUAUAUCAACUGUCGACCCUGCAACAGUACAAUGCUUUGUUGAUGCCUCUAAAGCCUCUGUCUAUCAACGGUGGUUUGGUAGUCGUGAGCUUUGGUUCGAACAAGUGGUCAUUUUAGAUGAUUUUCCUGAACUGCAUGAGUUUUUAAAACUUAGGAAAUGGGUCAACACGGUCACUAACUUGUCUGCUCCCCACCCCAUAUUAGUUCGAGAAUUCUAUGCCAAUCUGGAUAGAACUGUUAUUGCUGAGGGUCAUCCAAUCCAGGGUGUAUCAAUCUUUGAUGGGUCGAGUGCUAAGCGCGGGGAUGACUAUAUUUGGGACAAACAGGAAAUACUGGUUACUCACUUGACUCCAUUCUAUAGGGUUCUUCAUCGAGUAGCCUUGUACAAUUGGUUUCCUAAUUCUCAUUUGUCUGCUGUUACCCUUGAGAUUGGCAAGUUCUUGUAUGCUGUAGGCACUAAUGUAUCCAUUGAUCUGCCCUCGCUCAUCUUUGACCGGGUACUGGAAGCAUCUGAAUCCACUGGCACUCGUAACAAGCUACCAUUUCCAAGUUUCGUUCAACGGGUUCUCAUGGAUGCUCACCCUCCACUCACCACGCAUGAUUAUCAAGUUCAGAAUCCGAUUCUCAGUAAGAGCUUUCUCUCGGUGGUCAACAGGAAGCCUUCUUCAACCACUCCCUCAGCAACCACAGUGAGUAAAGGCAAGUCUCCUAUGUUCAAAGGGCUCUUGGAUUCCAGCUGGCAGUCCACUCUUUUGCACCAUUUUCCUGGGGAUUCUCUGCCUGACAUCUCUCUGCCUGAGUUUCAUCGUGAUUCGUUUGGCGCCUCAUCAGACACAUCUGGGAAUAAUGCACAUAUGCAGGGGGAGCCUUCAGCCUUGGAUCCAGUCACUAGUUCAGCACAACCUGAUCUAGAUCCUCCAGCUGACACUGCAACACCCUUUGUGUCGACAGGACCACCUUCCCAGGGGGAGUCUGGCACAGCACAGGAACCUACAGAUCAUAUUCAAUGA